AUGACGGCCCCCGCUAGCGACGACGGGGGCACCGGGCCCUCGGUGCCUCUGGAGGGCUCGGAUAUCGAGGCGGACCCGCAGCUGGACGACCACGACGGCCCCGACCCAGAUUCCCUGUCCUUCACCUCCUCCCUGGCCUCCAGCCUGAACGACUACGUCUACGAGAAUGGCCGCCGCUACCACUCCUACCGCCAGGGCGAGUACCUCUUCCCCAACGACGAGACGGAGCAGAGCCGCCUGGACAUGCUCCAUCACAUCUUCCGCCUCAUGCUGGGCGGCAACCUCUACAUGGCGCCCCUGGCGGAGGCGCCGCAGCGCGUCCUGGACAUCGGCACGGGCACGGGCAUCUGGGCCAUGGACAUGGCGGAGGAGUUCCCCGAAGCCAGGGUCGUGGGCGUCGACCUGAGUGCCAUCCAGCCGUACCUGGUCCCUUCCAACUGCGACUUCUUCGUGGACGACGUCGAGGAUGAAUGGCCGUAUAGCGGCGACAAGGCGUUCGACUUCAUCCACCAGCGCAACAUGGUCGGGGCGAUCAAGGACUGGGACCGGCUGUUCGCGCAGGCGCUGGAGCACCUGCGGCCGGGGGGCUACUACGAGAUCCAGGAGUUCCGGGUCUGGUUCCACGCGCAGGAUCCCCCGCUGCCGGACGACUGCGGCAUCGCGAGGUGGCAGCGGCUGCUGACGGAGGGGUCGACCGAGUUCGGCAAGCCGCUGAACGUGGUGCAGGAGCUGGAGGCCAAGAUGGUCAAGGCGGGCUUCGAGUGGGUGGAGGAGGAGGUGCUGAAGGUGCCCAUCGGGAUGUGGCCCAAGGACCGCAAUCUGAAGCAGCUGGGCCAAUGGAUGCAGGCCCAUGCCAUCGACUCGGUCGAGCCCUUGACCCUGGCGUUGUUCCUGCGGGUGUUGGGAUGGCCGGAGAAAGAGUGUCGCGAGCUGAUGGCGAAGGUGCGUCAGGAGUUUGGCGAUCGCAAGCAGCUCUACGUGUAUGCGCAUUUUAUCCACGGUCGGAAGCCGGAAUGCGAUUGAGGGCCUGGAAGGAAGAUUGCAAGCUGGAGAAUAUAUGUUUGGGUUUACGAAUAUCCACCCAAAAGGAGUACGCGG